GUCAGUUUCCGGUCACGUGAUACGGUGUUGUAGCGUGUUUUAGCUGCGUUAGUUAACUGGGUGUCGCCGAGGAAAUAAGGUCUGAACCCUAACCAAAUCAAUGAGAUGGCUGAAAAUGGAGUAGACGGUGAAAGAGCACAGCAACGGGCUGGAACCAGAGACAAGCAAAAUGGAAAUGUCACAGAUUCCUCCCCUCGGGAGAGAAGGCAGCAGGACCGUGAAGAGCGUCUGUCGUUAGUCCUGUGGAAGAGACCAGUCCAAACCCUACAGUAUUCAUUUCUAGAAACUCUUAUCACCUUGAAAGAGUGGACACUGAAAUUAUGGAAUCGAAGACGCAUAGUGUUUUUACUCUCGGUACUACUAUCUAUUCUGCCAAUGGCCUACUCUGUAGAAGGAGCACAUCAGACGUAUAUACAGUAUAUUGAGAAGAAAUUCCUGUGGUGUGCCUACUGGGUAGGCUUGGGUAUCCUGUCGUCAGUAGGCCUUGGGACAGGGCUGCACACCUUCUUGCUUUACUUGGGUCCGCAUAUAGCCUCUGUCACCCUGGCUGCAUAUGAGUGUGGCUCAGUCAACUUUCCUGAGCCACCGUAUCCCGAUCAGAUCGUGUGCCCAUCAGAGGCAGCACAGGGCGCCGUCACGCUCUGGACCAUUAUGUCCAAGGUCCGCUUGGAGGCCUGUAUGUGGGGGGCUGGUACGGCCAUCGGGGAACUCCCCCCAUACUUCAUGGCCCGGGCAGCGCGGCUGUCCGGAGCUGAGCCUGAUGAUGAAGACUACGAGGAAUUUGAGGAGAUGCUGGGGCAGGCUGAGACAGCCCAGGACUUUGUAACAAGAGCAAAACUAGCUGUACAGAACAUGGUCCAGAGAGUGGGCUUCUUUGGAAUUCUUGGUUGUGCAUCUAUUCCCAACCCCCUGUUUGAUCUUGCUGGAAUCACAUGUGGUCAUUUUCUGGUACCUUUCUGGACCUUCUUUGGAGCAACUCUCAUAGGGAAAGCAAUUAUCAAGAUGCACAUCCAGAAACUCUUUGUUAUCAUAACCUUCAGCAAGCAUAUAGUGGAGCAGAUGGUGUCACUUUUGGGGGCUAUUCCAGGGUUCGGUCCAUCCCUUCAGAAGCCUUUCCAGGAGUAUCUGGAGGCCCAGAGACUCAAGCUGCACCAUCGGGCUGGAGAGGGCACUCCUGCGGGAGAGAACUGGCUGUCCUGGGUGUUUGAGAAAGUCGUCCUCAUCAUGGUCUGCUACUUCAUCAUCUCAAUCAUUAACUCUAUGGCACAAAGCUAUGCUAAACGUAUCCAAAAGAAGUCCUGUGAUGAGAAAACCAAGUGAAAGACUCAUACUAACAAGUCCUGCUAUCAUCAGGAAGCUUAAAAAAAUAAUGCUAAAAAAGAAAAAAAACGUUUUUGUAAGAAGCUCAAACCGGCAAACGAGGGCCUACUCCAUGUGUGCUUAUUUUUCUGACAUUGGGUCCCCUAAGUUUCUGCAGCCGUUUCUUCAGCUGUCUGUCAGGUGAGUGGGUGAUUGUAUGAUUUACACAUUAAAUGUUCUACUCAUUAUCGUCUUAUCAGGACCUUGCAGACUAGCAUAGGCAGCAGUUCACUAAAGGUGUUGCCUUAUGCCUUAUGCAACGAUGGGGAUGAUGCUUCUAUUGAAGUGAAAACAGAUCUUAAUCACUAGAUUGAUUUUAUUUAAUUUCUGUGCAUAACUGUGUGAAGGGUUAGGUGUUGGUUCUAUGUGUAUGGGAAUGACUUAAUGUGGAAUGAUGGGUUGUUAGGUUAUUUUCUCUGUUAUUGUCAUUGUUUAUAAUUGUUCAUCAAAGAUAGCAAUAUUAAAUCCGGUCAACGUGGUAUUUUACCAUUUUUGCACAUUGUGUAAAUAGUUAUCAUUUUUUGACACAAUUGACAUGCAUUUUGAUGUGUGAACAGAAUUAAAAUCUUAACGCAUAAGAAGUACCCAUAGUGACUAUACCUAAUAAAUAUCUUAUAUGGCCAUUUUAAUAUGUACAGUUAAAACUUAACAUGUUACCAGAUUCUAUAAAACUGCCUCAAUCUGUCUUGUUUCACUGUCUGGAAUUAUUGUUUCUAAUAAAGAUUAUUUGUAGAAAUACA